GAGAGAUAACUCCGAUUUUGUAAUGGACACGUAUGGUGACAGAUGCAGAUGACGAAGAAAAGUUUCCUAAGUUUAUUUUUGAGUUUUGCAGUUACUGGUUUUACAGCAUGUGACUCAGAUGUUAAAUUAGCCACUAUCCCAGACAUUAAUCUGUUGUACACCUCAGAGAACCUUUUCAUGCAAAUAGUGGAACCAGAAGAAAUAAGCUACAUAUACAAGAUUAAACCAGCCAAAAAUUUUGGUGGAGAAUUUGAAAAAGUUUACCAUCACAUACCCCUUGUUGUUGCUGAUCCUUACAACGGCUGUAGUAAAUUAGCCAAUCAGAGACAAGUUGAUGGAGCAGUGGUGCUAAUACAGAGAGGAGACUGUUCUUUUGUAACCAAAACACUGAAUGCUGAGAAUUCUGGGGCAGUGGCAGUACUGAUAACUGACAAUGAUACAGAGAAUGAUGAAGCACAGAUACAGAUGGUACAGGACGGCACAGAAAGGGAGGUCCGCAUCCCAAGUCUCUUCUUACUGGGAAAGGAUGGGUACGUGUGUACUUAUCAUCAGCUGAUGAGACUAAGAUUUCAAUACAUGAUUAAAGCCACUCUGGAGAAGUAUAGAAUGGAUGGCGCCAUUGUUAACAUUCCAUUCAACAUAACAGGGAUGCCUCUUAUGAUGAAUCAACAACCUCCCUGGACUCUGUGGUGAUAAUAGUCCCAGCCAAAUAAGGCAGUCCUCAAUCACCCCCAUUUUCUUACUGAGCAGAAUAAUCAAGUUUUCCUCUGUUCUUCCUGUGACAUUGAUCUGUGAUAAACCUCUUUUUGAACUUGCUCUCACUAUACUCUCUGUUUGUUGCAAUAUAAUGUAGUUGAUCAUUGCAAAAUAAUUUUUUUAAGUACAGUGUAUGUUGUUAUGGUGUAUUCACAUGUUCAUUUCCAUUUCUUAUGGUACUUUUCAACUACUAACAGUAUUUUUCUAUGCAAUGUCUUAAAUGUCUUAGUGACUAGUGAUGAUGUCAAAUUUAGUAUAAAUGAAGUAGAAAAAAGUUUAACAUUUAGUUGUAUCCUAGCUAAGUAAUAUCGAUCUAGUCCGAAAAAGUUUUAUAUUUCUCAAUGGGAUAAAAUUACCCAGUAGGAAAAAUGAAAUUUCCUUUAUAGCAGUUGUAUACAUCUGUCCUGCCUGUACAUAUACAGGUCACAAAGAUUACAUGAAAAUAGACCAUGAGAAAUUUUAUUUCAUCUUAUGGUACAUGGAAUGACAAAUGUGAAAAAUUGUUAUAAAUUUAUUUUAUUUUUUAAUUUCUUCAAUUAUAAAUAGCUAAUUGCUAUUUACAGGUAUAAUGUACAGUGAAAUAUAUUUUUACAAAGCAAAUUGUCUUUAGUUAGAGUGUUUAUGAUAUGUACAAUGUAAUUGCAAUUGGAAUGGUGUUAAUGAGGUGGAAUGGUAAAGAUGAUACAUCAAUGCAGUAAAGAAAAAAAAUUAGUCCUUUGUAGAAUAUGUGUUACAUAUGUAUAUAGUUUAGGAGAACAAUCAUCUUUCAUGACACCAUUUGUCUUUCAUUCUCAGACAAUAAUUGUGAAACUAUGCAAGGAUUGUAACUUACUUGUGAUUGUCCUAGUUCAGAAUUUUUACAUACAAGAAAUAUAGAUGUAUGUAUGACAUAUAGGUAUCAUAGGUACUAUAAGAAAUAAUUUCUGUUUGAUUAGUUAAUUUUCUUUUAUUUUUAGAUAAUAAGGUACAGCUAAUAUUGUCAUAAUAUUCAUAACACAUGUGUGCAAUUUUAUCUAAAAAGGUAUUAUUUUUUUCAUCUGUAAAAUAUGAAGUUGAAUAGAUAACAUCCAGAUUACAUAAUAUACUGAAUUUUCAAUAUUUCUGUUACAAUUUUUAAUAGUUUUCAGAAAUGUAAAUAAUGUUGAUGGCAGUUCCAUUAGCAAUGAUCCUUUAUUUACCAUUUAAUGUCAUAAAUACAGUGGAUCUUCAGAUAUCUGGACGCCAGAUACCCAGAUGCUUCAGUAUCCGAACGAUUUUUCAUCAGAACGGAAUUUUUUAACAUUAAUUAAUUUUGUUUAACUGGCAAUUCAGAUAUACAGAUGCUUCACAUAUCCGGACAAAUUGACUAGGAACCAAAGCAUCUGGAUUAAUGAGGCUCCACUGUACAUGCAUAAUUUUUUUUUGGGAGGGGGAUUGAAAUUGUACUUUUCUUGAUCCACUAGAAUGCACAUUUGGGAAGGAUAUUUGAUGCUUGCCCCUAAUAUCAAUCUACAAUUAAACUGUAGAUUGCUUACAUUAUAAGUCUUGAAGAAAUAUCCACUAGACGUAUGCAGGCUGUCCAUAAAGUUUUGUGACAAUAUUAAGUAAAUGGUCCUUAUAGAUAUGCUAAUUGUCAUACCAAAAUAUUUUGGAUUGAAUUCAAAUUUAAGUUGAAUAGUUUGGUUUGAAUGUUUUAACUUCAAAAAUAAAUCAAAGAAAUUGAUGUAUUGCUACUUUCUUUUGCAGAUGCAUUGACUGAUGCAUUUGGUCUUGUAAAGUUUGGUAUGGACUUUGAUUAAGUGCCUGCUAUAUGGCUUUCAAGCUUCAGAGCUCGACAUCAUAAAAAUAGCAUGUAUUCACAAAUGUGAUUAAAAUAUGAAAUCCAUAUUAUUUUCACAUCGUAAAACUAGCUUUACAUCGCAUUUCCCCUUCUUCCAAGGCCAUGUAAAGUUAAUUCCUUGGUUCUCAGGCCUUUUUUUUUUCAAGAAAUAUGAUGAGGGAGGGAGGCUUUUUUUUCCCACUUUUUAUUGCCCCCAAAACAUGAUGAGGCAGCUUUAAACAAUGUACAAAACCUCAAAAAAUGACGAGGGAGGUGAUUUGUUGUUUUUAUUUUAUUGAUUUUAGCAAUAAAAAGGGUCAAUGAGGCACCCUUGGAAGAGAUGAGGGAGGACCUGAGAACCAAGAAAUUAAUUUUUUUAUGGCCCAAAUGGUCUAUAUUCUAUAAUUUUUAUACAUUUAAUAAAGUAUGUUGUAUAUUUUACUAUUGUACAGUUUAGCAACUGUGUGGUCAUUACUUACAAAUUCGAGCAUUUUCAUAGAACUUUAUGGACAGUCCUCAAACAUUAAUUCUUAUGUGUUGCCUCUAAAGUUUUAUUUACAUUCAACACUCUUGAUUGGAAAUAUUUAGUUUUUUCUUCUUUCAGUUCAGAUAAAUUAAGAUUAUAAAUACCUCCAAAACAUUA